AUGGCGGAGGGAACACGUUUCGCAAGAUUGAAUGAACAAGUUCGUAAUCUGGAUACCAAACUCGAGACGCUUGUGGAGCAAAACGAUCGACGAUUAUUACAAAUUGAUAAGUCUCUGCAACAGAUUCGUGACAAUAUGGAGUCCUCAGCCGUUUCAGAGUCACAUUCAUCCAUUCCGGCGAGUCAAGUCAUCACCAGACGCAUGGACAUUCCCCCUUUCGAUGGCAGCGAUGCAGAAGAUUAG